UUUCCAGAGUGCUCGGGCAGUCCGGACGCCGAGAAGCUCUUCCACAAUCUGCUCAGUAAGCACAACAAGCUCGUGCGGCCCGUCAGUAACGUCAGCGAGCUGGUCCGUGUCAAGAUGGCGCUCAAAUUCUCGCAAUUGGUGAACAUGGAUGAGAAACGCCAGAUUAUGACGUCGAAUGUGUGGUUAAAACAGAGAUUACAUUCAUUGGAGCAGAAUGCCGACGGCAACUACCAGGUGACGCUGAUGACGAAGGCGACGCUCUAUCAUAACGGCACCGUCGCCUGGGAGCCGCCGGUCAUCUACAAGAGCUUCUGCGAGAUCGACAUCCAGUACUUCCCGUUCGACAUUCAAAAAUGCAGCAUGAAGUUCGGCCUGUGGACGUACAGCGGUGACCUCGCCGAUCUCGUUCACAUGUCCAACAUGUCGUCGUCGUAUCUGGAGCGCGGCAUCGACUUGUCCGACUACUCGCAGAGCGUCGAGUGGGACAUUCUCGAGGUGCCCGGCGAGCGGCACGAGGUGUUCUACCCGUGCUGCGCCGAGCCGUUCCUCGACAUUACCUACAACGUGACGCUGCGCCGCAAGACGCUCUUCUACACGGUGAAUCUCAUCAUACCCUGCGUCGUCAUCUCGUUUCUCACCGUGCUCGUCUUCUACCUGCCGUCGGACAGCGGCGAGAAGGUGACGCUGUGUGUGUCGAUCCUGCUCGCGCUCACCGUCUUCUUUCUCAUGCUCAUCGAGAUCAUACCUCAGUCGUCACUCAGUGUGCCGAUGUUCGGCAAGUACCUGCUUUUCACGAUGCUGCUCGUGACGGCGUCCAUCUGCACGACGAUAUGCGUGCUCAACGUGCACUUUCGCUCGCCGUCGACGCACACGAUGGGCCCGUGGACGAAGAAGAUCUUCCUCGAGAUACUGCCGGCGAUACUCUUCAUCAAGCGGCCGAAGGACUACGUGCGCAAGACGAAAAUGAACGAGUCGCUGAGUAGGUUCGAGGAGGCGAGCAUGCCGUCGUUCUACGAGGCGAAUAAGAGCAACAGCGUGCACGGGCAGGCGCGGCCGCGCGCCAGGCUGCCCGAGGAUAUACAGAAGGCCAUCGAGGGCAUACAUUACAUAGCCGAGCAUCUUCGCAGCGACGACGAAGACAUGUCGAUACGACAAGAUUGGAAAUACGUUGCCAUGGUUAUGGAUAGGUUUUUCCUCUGGAUCUUCAGUCUGACGUGCGUGAUAGGCACGUACGCUCUAAUCAGCUCGCCACCUACGCUACACAACACGAUGAGAGCUAUCGGAACCACAGACAACGGCGGAAUAUCGUAGCCGCUCUGUAUAGAGCCGUGCGCCAAUGACAGAGCGCGCAUUCUUCCACGUGGUUAUAUAACUGUAGAAAGAGUGAGAGAGAGAGAGAGAGAGAGAGAGCGUGAAGGAGAGAGGAUUUAUAUGUGCCUGUGGCGCGCCUGGACGUGACAGGAUGCGAUCAAUUCGAGACAACGCCACUAUACGUGUGAUGCUGCAACGGUGAUAACAUCACCGGUGACAAUGGGACAAUUACUACAGGUGUGAUGGUACUCAUACGUAUUGUCACAAAUCUUGGGUGGCAUGGUAACCAUAAAUGUUGUCACCUUACCGAUGUCACCCACUGAUAGUGAGUCACUUAUGUCUAGUGCCAAUUUUGCUCAGGCCCCAGCUAAAAUCGAUGAUGUGCUGUUACCAUUAUUCGACACAUCUGACGUUUAAUGGCAGAUCGUGCGAGCGUUCCUGCCAACGAGACGAUAGUAAAGAGCCUUGCCCUUACUUGGCACAAAGUAUCUAUCGAUUAAAGUAUUGCUCCAUUCCGUCUCUAUUAUCUCGCUCUUUUUCGCACACACUACUCCUCCCCUGUCAUCUUUUAGAGUCAAACAAGCACGCAGGCACGCACACACGCACGCACGCACGCACGCACGCACACGCACACGCACACACACGC